GCUACUGCGACUUUACUGCGACUUUACACUGCCACUUUUGACUUGGACCCCGUGACCCUUAUGCAACUAUGUUGUUUUCUGUCUCUUUCCUUGCCCCAAGCUGGGCUCAACCAGGGACCCUCUGAACACAUCGACAACGACCACGAAACAUCUUUACCUGUCACUCCACAAAAGCAAAGGGAAACAACUGCUUCUGGGUCUUAGAACGGGUGAGGUCACGGAUGUAACCUUCCCAGUGCACUGCUAACUAGGUGGCCCAUUUCACAUCGGCUGCACCGACUGAACACCUCUACUGGAAAACUACAGUGGACAAGGAAAAAACACAGGAGACUCGUAGAGCGCCCUCACACAUUAACCAUGUGCUUCAGAUCAGACACUGGAGUAAAGAUACCAACACCCAACCAGUGAAUUCAAGUGGACAACAGAAUAUCUGUGUUCCCUCUACAGAAUAAGCGUUGGUUCAGAGUGCUAGAACCUCGGGCUAGAACACACUGGACUAAACUGAAAACCAGAAGGUUGAUCUACUACUGAGCUAAAAACUACUGUUGAGAUGCCAGAGGAAGGUAUGGAGGACAGCAAGGGGGGAGAGGAGAGACCCAAGUGGAACAACAAGGCAGAGUACCUGCUGACCUGCAUUGGCUUCGCUGUUGGAGUGGGCAACGUGUGGCGCUUCCCCUACCUCUGCCAGAUUUACGGAGGGGGUGCGUUUCUGAUCCCCUACCUGAUAGCCCUGGUGUUUCAGGGUCUGCCUCUGCUCUACUUGGAGCUGGCUAUAGGACAGAGGCUCCGCAUGGGCAGCAUCGGAGUCUGGAACUCCAUAUCACCCUACCUGGGAGGAGUAGGUGUAGCCUCAAUGCUGGUGUCCUUCUGUGUGAGUCUGUUCUACAACACUAUCGUGGCCUGGGUCCUCUGGUACCUCUUCAACUCCUUCCAGGAACCCCUGCCCUGGAGCCAAUGUCCCCUCAACCACAACAACACAGGGUACGUGGAGGAGUGUGUAGAAAGCACGCCGGUCAACUACUUCUGGUACCGUCAGACCCUGAACAUCACUCCUAACAUGGAGACCAGUGGCUCUCUACAGUGGUGGAUGGUGGUCAGCUUAGCUACCGCCUGGUCUAUCGUUUACAUCUGUUUUGUCAGGGGGAUCGAGACCAUCGGCAAGGCUGUGUACGUCACAGCAACGUUCCCCUACCUGGUACUAACCAUCUUUCUGGUGAGAGCCCUGACCCUACCUGGAGCAUAUGAAGGUCUGAUCUACUUGUUCACACCUGACUGGGAGAUCCUGAAGAACCCCCAGGUAUGGCUGGAUGCUGCCACUCAGAUCUUCUUCUCUCUGUCAGUGGCCUUUGGUGGACUCAUCUCAUUCUCCAGUUACAACAGCCAGAAGAAUAACUGUGAAAAGGAUGCUGUUUUAGUGGGGGUUAUAAACAGUGCUACAUCUAUCUAUGCCUCCAUCCCCAUCUUUGCCAUCCUGGGAUUCAAGGCCCACACAAACUAUGUCACCUGUCUGAAUGGUAACAUCUUAGCACUGACCAAUGAGUUUGAUAUUAGCGACAUGAACAUAACGGUUGAAAACUACGAGCAGUGGUUUGACUCUUUAAAUGGGACACAUCCAUCUAGAGUAUCCGAUCUCAAACUGAAGACAUGCGACCUGCAAACCUUCUUGGAUCAGAGUGCGUCUGGUACUGGGUUAGCAUUCAUCGUGUUCACAGAAGCGGUGAUAUCGAUGCCUGGCUCUCAGGUGUGGGCUGUGCUCUUCUUCAUCAUGCUGUUCAGCCUGGGACUGUCCUCCAUGUUUGGUAAUCUGGAGGGCAUCCUCACGCCCCUUCAUGACCUCAAACUGGUGCCCAAGUGGAUGCCCAAUGAGCUCUUCACAGCAAUAAUCUGCCUACUAUUGUUCCUGAUGGCUCUGAUAUUCUGUCUGGGUUCAGGGAACUACUGGUUGGAGAUCUUCAACAGUUACGUGGGCUCCGUUCCUUUUCUCAUCAUCGCCUUCUUUGAGAUCAUCGCUGUGGCAUACAUCUACGGAAUAGGACGGUUCAGUGAUGACUUGGAGUUCAUGACAGGACAUAGACCCAACAUCUUCUGGAAGGUUUGCUGGUUGGUCAUCAGCCCUCUGAUGCUGUUCGUGGUGUUGGUGGCGUACGUUGCCGUCCAAGCCCAGACACCUCCCACCUACGCAGCAUGGAAUCCUGACUACGUGAACUUCCCCAACACAGAGGUUCUGCCGUAUCCAGACUGGGUGUUUGCCAUCUGUGUCCUGCUGUCUUCAGUACCAGUUAUCUCCAUCCCUCUGGUGGCCAUCUACAGACUCAUCUGCUGCAUGUCAGGAAGACACUCUAAAGACAGUCUCCACAACAAUCCAAAUCCCUACGCCAACGAAGACUACGUUGUAGAGCUUUUAUUGUAAAUGGGAAUCAGGAGGCUAUAAUUAUGGUCAUAUUUGUUAAAGGGAGAGAGAGAGAGCCUUGUAAAUGCGUUUGUGGUUGGAGUAAAAGGUGACCAAGAAUGUUGUCGCUUCUCGGUGCACAGGUGACAUGCUGGUAAAAAUGUGAUAAAACGGAUUACAGUUUGCCUGCAUUAAAAAUCUUCGACUACGAGAAGCACCA